UUUCUCAUCCUGGCUCGAUGGUGCUGAGGCAGAGGAGAGGUGUGGUCAGCUGCGCUGUCAGACGCGCACCAACACAUCCAACACUAACCCUUUCUCUGACCACAGCAGAGAGCUAUAGGCUCCCUCUCAGGAUCAUCUGACCCGGACUGGUGCUGUGGGCGGAUUGGAGCAUCUCUGCGCUGGACAGAGGGGGGUGCAAAGCGCGGCUGAGUGAGUGAGUGUGCGGGAGGGAGGAUCUGAGCUGCAGCAGCUCUCUGACGGAUCUGUGGAGGAAACGAUGAGCACCGCAUUUCAGCAGCAGGCGGUGCAUGGUCCCCUGGAGCAGUCUAAGGGGCCGCCCCAUAGUGGGCCCAUUCCGUGUCAGAACUGUGGCAAGGCCUGCAAGGGGGAGGUGCUGCGAGUGCAGAACAAACAUUUCCACAUAAAGUGCUUUGUCUGUAAAGUGUGUGGCUGUGACCUGGCACAGGGAGGGUUUUUCGUGCGGCAGGGCGAGUACAUCUGCACUCUGGAUUAUCAGCGUCUCUAUGGCACCCGCUGCUUCAGCUGUGAGCAGUUCAUUGAAGGGGAGGUGGUGUCCGCUCUGGGCAAGACAUAUCACCCACGCUGUUUUGUGUGUGCUAUGUGCAAACAGCCGUUUCCUGCAGGCGACCGUGUGACGUUUAAUGGGAAAGAGUGCAUCUGUCAGAAAUGCACUCAGCCUCUGCCUGCCAACAGCCCAGCACCCGUUCAGGCUGUCCACAAUUGCUGUGGCUGUGGUAAGGAGUUUAAGAAUGAGCAGUCUUUGGUGGCACUGGAUAAGCACUGGCAUCUUGGCUGCUUCAAGUGCAAAGUCUGCAAUAAAGUACUCAAUGCAGAGUACAUCAGCAAGGAUGGAAUUCCAUACUGUGAGAUGGACUACCACGCCAUGUAUGGCAUCCAGUGUGAGAACUGCAAGAAGUACAUCACGGGGAAAGUCCUGGAGGCUGGAGAUAAACACUACCAUCCCACUUGUGCCAGAUGUGUGCGCUGUGAGCAGAUGUUUGGAGAGGGGGAGGAGAUGUACCUGCAGGGUUCUUCCAUCUGGCACCCUCCUUGCAGACAGGCAGCACGUAUGGAGGAGAAGAGUAAGAAACAGGUGCGGAUACAGCUCAGUGACCUGCGUCUCAAUGUACCUGAGCAGGUGACCAGGACCUCCUCUGAGAGCAUCACGUCUGCUCCUGCCUCCAGUGCAUCUGGAUCUCCUAGCAGAGUUAUCUAUGCAAAGUUGGGUGAUGAGUUCCUGGACUAUAAGGAUCUUGCAGCUCUUCCUAAAAUAAAGGCAAUCUAUAACAUCGACAGACCUGACAUGCUCUCCUACUCUCCUUAUGUCAGCUACCCUGCAGAGGAGAGGACUUAUGCAGAGUCACCCCAAUUGCUCACCCCUACUCCAACAGAGGGAGAUGGGGAAAAAUCACCCCGUCAGAGGAGACCCUCAAGCCCCAGCUCCAAUAGCUCUUUGGGUGGCUAUGGCCGCUACACCCCCUCUCGCUCACCCCAAACAUACAGCAGACCAGAGCAAUAUCUGAGCAGUAGAUACACCCCACAACCUGGAAGUUCCAACUCGUUGCCCGUGUACUCUGCGGGCAGGUAUGGUGGCCACUGUAGUCCCAGGGACUCCUCUUCACUGCCCAGUGGGGGUAGAAAUACUCCACAGGCAGGAAGCGGGGGUGUGGCUCUCCCCUUAAACCCCACCACCUUGGCCAUGCUCCAACAGCACAACUACAUCCCUUACUUUAGAGGAAUUGAGACAGAAUUCAAACAGGAACCAGUCUCUGAAAGUAAACCUAGGACAGGCCUGCACCUCAAUUUGCCUCCCUACGGUAGUGAAAGUGGCCGCAGUACCCCCAGCCUCUCCACCUACUCCGAUGGCAAAUCUCCAUCUUCUACAUACGUGGCUGCACCUAAGCAUUUCCACAUACCAGAUACUAAAGCCAAAGAUAAUAUCUAUAGAAAACCCCCUAUCUACAAACAGCAUGCAUCCAGAACAUCUUGGCAAGAUGGGGAUGACUCAGACAGAAAGACUAGAACUAGUUGGACGAUUCUAAAGAGUGAGAUUGAUGGACAAUCACCAGACAUUGACCCUAGGACUUCCACCCACAGCCUGCCCACAGACAUGUCUCAGCCCAAUUUCCCCUACAAUAAGUCUGCCUCUCUGCCGGGUUAUGGGCGAAACGGCAUCUACAAGGCAGCUGAUCUUGGAGAAGAUGAUCACGACUCCAACUGGGGAGCAAUGAGAGAGUAUAAGGUUUACCCAUAUGACAUGCUGGCUGUGACCCAUAGAGUCAGAGUGAAGCUACCGCGUGAUGUGGACCGCACCAGACUAGAGAGGCAUUUGUCACCAGAAGAGUUCUUCCAGGUUUUUGGGAUGACCAUUGAACAGUUUGACCGCUUGGCUUUGUGGAAGCGAAACGACUUGAAGAAAAAAGCACGCUUGUUCUAAAAUCCCCCGGCGAACUGCUCUACUCAUCUGGCCUGCGUAUAUGGAGAGAUGAGGGAAAGAAUGAAAUUAUAUAUGCACUUCCAUUCUGCUGCAUACUUGCUGUCAUCUCAUCUCACGCUGAAGAAGAGAGGAACGUGCAGGACGCUGUCACUUUUGCAGCCACAGUGUUAGCCACCUAGCUUUGUGUAAAAGUGCAACACUAUACGUGUCUGAAUGUUGUUCAAACAGGGAGGGAGGAAAGAAUAUGGACUCUAUACACCUCUGCUUCUCUCUUGGGCUGUCUGUUUCUUGCUUAUCUUUGUGAUACCUGCAUUCUGGGCUUCAGAAUAUAAGCCACUUUCUCUAUGUUUUUAUACCGUUGGAAACCAUGCCUGUCUUAUCUGUGUUUGUGUGUAUGCUAGUGAUUUGCUUCUGUGUGUUCUGCUUUUGUCAGAAUGUUGAGGUUCUUUGUUUGCUCUAAUGAAAAAAGCAUUGAAUUUAUUUGAUUGAAAUGUGUACAUCAUUGCCACAUGAAUAUAAUAUAUUACAACACAAUUGUUUCAGUUUUCCUAUGUUUGGCAUUAAUUGUGUUCAUGUAAUAUGCUUUAUUGGUGUGGAAUCUUCAGUAUGUACACAUUUGAGUUAUGCACUGUAAAAAAGGAUUUGUUGUUAACUUAAAGAGGUAAGUAAUAUGGCUGUAAGGUGGUCUCAAUUUGCAGAUGCAUUUGUUUUUGCUGCGGCUUUGCUUGGAAAAUUGCCUUCUGCUACACAUCAUGCUAAAACAGUGGACUGUGAUUGGUUAUCUUACAUGCCAGUCAAAUGGCCCUUUCCAGUAAAAGUAGGUGAUUCUUGGCCGUGUUAUGCCACAAAAUACACAAGAUACAAGAGAAUGUGACCUUGUUAACUUGUUUGAGGUCUUUGAACUUCAAAUACUAAGGUGACAAUUUCUCAUUCAUUGUGGCUGGCAAUAUUUUCUGAAUAACAUGAAAUUCUGGCUUUGCAUGGUAGCAGUUAGAACUGUUUCUGCUGAUGUCAACUUAAAUAACUUUCACCUAGUGUGGUGACAUAAAUAUAUAAUGCACAGUACUUUGUGCAUCUCUCACUAAAAACAAAGCCACUCAGCUCAAAUCAAGGUUUUUAUUGGUUUUGAUGUAUGGUUAUACAUUUAAUUUAUUUAUUAAUUUGUAAAACAAGCAGACUUAAUCAAAAAUUGGUGGGACAUCACCGUUUUACACCUGCUGGCCUGUUGAUCCAAGAGCAAACUAAAAUCAUUUUGAGGCAGCCAGGUUAACCUACUUUAAAAAUAUUAUAAAACCAUUUUUACAGUGUUUAAAUUUAAUGAAUCACCUUUUACAGUGGUUUAUCUUUAUAUGUCUGCGUCAGAUAUCUUCUUCUUCAGUCCGUUUCUCCUCUAAACUGUCUGUUGUCCUUCAUUCGUUUUUGCUUGCCCCUCUCUUCCUCUGCUUCCUUAACACAUGACAAAGUUACAGCUUGGUGUGUGAUACUUAUCGUGCUAUUUGGAGCUCGCUGGAAGCUCAUUCACUCCUCUGGGGCUUCAGCAUGAAUGAGCCAAAGACUCGGCCUUGGCCAGCCAGAGCAACAGGUCAACCACGCUUAGGUCAACUCAACAGUGCACCUUAUACUGCGUUCUUUCUGCCUGCCUUGCCAUCGCUCCCUUUGCUAACAGUUGGAACAUGUCUCAGCCUGUUGCUUUUGCGUGUCUUAUUUUGGAGUGUCCUCACUGUGAGAUUUCAAAUGGAGUUUGCAUCAAAAUCAUGGUGAAUCAAUAAGCUAAAUAUGAUUUUUUGUGCAUUAAUAUCCCUUAUUAUUUAAAGGCAUAAAUAUCAGAUUCAUAUUAUCAAAUGUUAUGGCCACACUGUAGCCUUUUUGAUUACAUUUAACACAUAUAACAUAUAAUGCACUUAAAACUUAUUUUUCUACUCUACUUCUGUCUCCUGCAAAGCUCAUGAAACACUUUAUCACAGUUUGCGUAUGACUGCAGCAUUGACUUUAGCAUGGAGACAUGCCAAGGUUGUAGCAUUUAGCCGCGCUAACCUACGCAGCACUUGUAACGCAUGUGAUUCAGUGAUGCUUCACUGAAAACCAAAUACAGUUGAGUUUUGUUUUCUCUGGUUCUGAAUAAAUGUGUGUGCAAAUAAUAUAUAAAUACCUGGAGCAGUUGCAGUGCCGCUUUGUUGGCUUGCACUGUGUACGGGUGGAAUUAUAUUAGUCAUAUUGAGUACUCCAGUAUCUCCACAUACAUGGGUGGUUUGGUUUUGCUUUGCAUUGUGAACCUGAUUUACUGCAGCCUUUGUCACAUUUUAAUGUGUGAACAUGAAGAUGAACUUCAUUUUCCAGUCAUUCGUUAUGUUUUGGAAAUUGCAAUUGCAACCAAAUGUAACAUGGACUAAAAGCAUUUGUACAUUUAGUCCCAUGAAUGUUGUAAAUGUGAUGCAAGAUUGUAGUUUAAUUAAAAACAGCCCAUCUAAAGCUGCAGUACCAGUUCAGGUACUGUGGAAUCUUAUCAGAUACUAGAGAGUACUACAGACCAACCUGACUCACCAGUGUUUUCUUUUAAAAUGAAAAAAGACACAAUUUUAUUCCUUUCUUGAAUUCUAACCUGUUAAAACCAGAUGUAUAAGGUAAAAGUUCUAUAGGCACAUUUAGUGUCUCAUUUAUUGAAUAUCUUCAUACAUAACUUCUAUAUCAUGUUCUAUAUCGUGAAAUCUUUAUGUUUUAAUAUAUUUUAUUGCACAACAAGGCAAUACACUAUCCAUUGCAUUUCUUAACGUUCCUGUUGAAUGUGCAUAAGCAGCUUAUAUGUGAACAUUUUUCAUGCAGGCAGAUCUGGGCUUUGCCAAUCAUGCCAAAGUUUUCCACUCAUGGUCAGACAUAUUUCUCAUUUUUAGUAUAUUUGUUUGCACAUGCAUACGCAUGCAUAACCAGAAGGCUUCUCCAAUGGACCAUGCUGGGUUGGGUUGCAUGGAAAUUGUGCUUUAGUCUUAUUUGAACAGCUGUAGACGCUUGUGUUUGUGUGUGUAUGUGUAUGUAUGUCAGCAUCCGUCUCUGGGAACGCGUCGGUCGAUCACGUAAGAUAAGUCAAGUACAGAUCUUCAGGCUGCUUCAUUGUUGUUCUCUCCUUGAAAAAACAGUGAAAAUCAGAACUGGGCUUGACCCAAAGCUGAUCAGCUCAUAGAUCUGCUUGCUUUGGUUGAGUCUGUGUUUUAUGAUACCCUGGUUUGCUUUUGAAUUCAACCAUCCAGUGAUGUAAUCAGCAAUUUUAUUUUGUUUUUGUGAUAGAAAACUUCAUGUAAUAAAAAAUGUCUAUCAGAGUGUGUGAAAGUGAGAUAUUGGAGAGUGGCCUAAAUGAGCUAUGAUCAGGGAAUUUUAAAGGCAACACUAAAACCAGUGCAGCCACAUUGCUGAUUAUGGUUCAUACCUUGGAGUGAAUAAGUUUAGCCAAACUAUGUUUUUUAUUUGUAAGUUUGAGACUUUUUUCUGCUUAUUUGUUUUGCGAAACAUGUUGAAUGUAAUACAAAAAAGACAGAGUUGCCAAUCAGUAAAAUUUUGUUUGUUUGACUUUUUUGUUUAUUUGUUUGUUUUUUUGUGCUGUGUAUGAAUUAACAGCUGCAUAUCCUCAGAUACAAAUCUAGGCCAAUGCUGUCAUUUUGAUGUAGUUGUGGCUGAGCAAAAGUUGUAGAUUUGGGGAAUUGUGAAGGUUUAAAAUUAUACUGUUACUAAGCCUUAAUGGCUUUUUCCCUUCAUUUGCUUUGCUGGUUUGCAAAAAGUACUGAUGUUCAUCUUUCAAUAAAUGUUUCAUUCAGCUAG